AGCUCCCGCACUUCCACUGUCGGAACUUAACAGUGUGACAUCCAGCGGAAGUAAACAACACAACCGCUAGUAGUGUUAGCUGCAUGUAUGUAGUGAAUUAGCUGGAAGACGAUAUUGUAGUCGCAGCGCAGAUAAUUAUUUCAUUUGCAAUUAAGCAACAAUGUCUUCAGUUGAGUGUUUGAGAGAGUUUGUCAACGAGCGACUAACUGCUGCUGCUGAAGAAAUAUUCGGAGUUUUUAAAAAAACUAUCGUCGAGUACGAGGAAGAGAUCGAUCGUCAGCGCAGACUGCUGGAUAUCUUUUGGAAACCUGAAAUAAAGUUACACAGGAUAGAGCUCCCACAGCAACAUGUCUGUACGGAGGAGGAGGUUCUGGCUGAUCAGCAGCUCUGUAUUCAGGAGAGGAACUCCAGUCUGGACCAAGAGGACCCAGAGCCUCCACAGAUUAAAGAGGAACAGGAGGAACUCUGCACCAGUCAGGAGGGAGAGCAGCUUGUACUGAAGCAGGAGACUGAUGCCUUUAUGUUGACUCCUACUGAUGAGGAAAGUGACCACAGUGAACCAGAACCAAACAGGGACCAGCAGCUCCUCUCUCACAACUCUCAUGCAGCUGAGAGCCAAGAUCAGAAAGGAGGCAGGCAUGGAGACUCAAAAAUAAUUGAACCAGAACCACAGAACAGACCUCGGAAAGACAAUAGUCACACGAAAAAUGGAUACAAUUCUACCAUGUUAAAGACUCACUGUAACACUUACACAGGUAAAAAGUCUAUAGAAUGUGACACAUGUGGGAAAGCUUUUAAGAAUAACUCAACAUUGCAGAUACACAUGCGAAUCCACACUGGUGAGAAGCCAUAUUCAUGCAAAACAUGUGGUAAAAAUUUUAGAGUUAGUGAAAAAUUGAAAGCCCACAUGAGAGCCCACACAGGUGAGAAGCCAUAUUCUUGCGAAACCUGUGGGAAAGAUUUCAGAGUUGGUGAUCAAUUGAAAGUCCACAUGAGAACCCACACAGGUGAGAAGCCGUACCAUUGCAAGACCUGUGGGAAAAGAUUCCGUGCGUUAUCAAGUUUAACAGUUCAUAUGAGAAUCCACACAGGUGAAAAGCCAUAUUCAUGCACAACAUGUGGGAAAAAUUUCAGAGUUAACAGUGUCUUGAAAGUCCACAUGAGAACCCACACAGGUGAGAAGCCAUAUUCGUGCGAAACAUGUGGGAAAGAUUUCAGAGUUAGUGAACAAUUGAAAGUCCACAUGAGAGCCCACACAGGUGAGAAGCCAUACCUUUGCAAGACCUGCGGGAAAAUAUUCAGUGACAUGUCAAAAUUGAAAAACCACAUCAGAAGCCACUCAGUUGAGAAGCCGAUUAUUUGCAAAACAUGUGGGAAAGUUUUCAAACUUAGCAGUUACUUGAAAGAACACAUGAAAAUGCACACUGGUGAGAAGCCAUAUUCUUGCGAAACAUGUGGGAAAGAUUUCAGACUUAGCAGUUACUUGAAAGAACACAUGAAAACACACACGGGUGAGAAGCCGUUCCUUUGCAAGACCUGCGGGAAAAGAUUCAGUGACAGUUCUGCAUCAAAAAGGCAUAUGAGAAUUCACACAGGUGAGAAGCCAUAUGCUUGCACAACAUGUGGGAAAGCUUUCACACGUAGUAGUGCGUUGAAAGUCCAUAUGAGAAUGCACACAGGUGAGAAGCCGUACCUUUGCAAGACCUGCGGGGAAAGAUUCUGUGACAUGCCAACAUUGAAAAGGCAUAUGAUAAUGCACACAGGUGAGAAGCCGCACCUUUGCAAGACAUGUGGAAGAAGAUUCAUUGACAUUUCAGCAUUGAAAAGGCAUAUGAGAAUCCACACUGGUGAGAAGCCCUAUACUUGCAAAACAUGUGGGAGAUCUUUUAGAGACAUUAGUUACUUGAAAGUCCACAUGAGAAGAGCCCACACUGGUGAGAAGCCGUACCUUUGCAAGUCCUGCGGGAAAAGAUACGUUACUGCGUAUCAUUUGGCAAGGCAUAGAAUAUCACAUACAGGCACGUAGUCUUGAUUUGCAAAAUAUGUGGGAGACGAUUCAAUUCUAGUGGUUCCUGGUCGUGACCGUAGACUGUGUAUAAAGAUGGACAACAUGACAGCUCACCAAAAGCAAAGCCAAAAGAUCGCAAUUGCACCCUGGUGGCUGGCAUAAACCCCGCCCCCUCCGUGUUAGCAGAUGGGACAUGAGCCAAACUAAAAAGUACAUGUCAAAUACAUUUUCCCCAAAGAUGGUUUCUGCCAUUUUAGGUGGUACUUACCAUGCAGGCAUGUGUUUAAGUAUUUACUUUUCUGAUAAGUUUGGUUUUAAUUAGUUAUUUGAUGCUAUAAAAAGGGGGUUUCACAUUAUGAUUGACAGCUGAGGCUGUCGAUGCCACGAUUCCAACCCCUAUCACUACUGCGCAGACUAUGUCUCCAAAUGAUGUCACCAGCACAAGAUGGCUGUUCCCAUAUCUGGGACAUUUUGGCUUAAUUUUUGUACAGUGGGAGGAAGAGACGCCUCCAUUGUUAUAUACAGUCUAUGGACAAGGAAAAAUGCUAGUUUCAAAGUGAGUGCGCAGUAGUGGCUCCUCAAGUAUUUGAUCGUUCUAUAUGAAGCCUACACAUCUUUUGCAAGAAGUCAGAUUUUACAUUUGAGAAUGACUGACAUCACUUUUAUAUUACCAUAUAAGAAGUCCUAUUAAAUGUGAACGUGCCUUCUUGUUGCUAUUUUUAUACACUACCUCAGUUGUUAGAAAGCCUGACCACGCCCCCCGCAAUUAAACUGCAACAUUGUUCCUUGAUGACUUUUCAAAGGGAUAACAGACUCCUUUCCUUAAUCAUUAUUGUCCGGUUUGUGCGUUCAUGAGGAUAAUGUGAGUACUGUAGGCUACAUACAGUGCCUGUUAAGUAUCAUCGUAGAAUGGAUAUAUGUUGUAGUUUAACUUUAUAGUUUUAACGGUUUAGAAUGUAGAGUUGCUACUCGCUCUAACAUGCAAGUCUUUUUUCCUUUGUAUAGUUUUACCACUGUUCACGCAUAAAUUGUAUAAUUUGGUUUAAUCAUCCAUAACUUCUCUAAUAAGUUAUUACCUUGGUUAAUUUCACUGCCUGUGAUUUGCUCUGACUGUCUUCAUGUUUAAGUUUGCUGUUAUGGUAUAGCCUAGGUUAUUUGAAAGGGAAUCUCAGUUUCUGUGUAUGGACACAGCUUUUUCUUUGUCCUCAGAAUUUUCAAAGAAGUCAGACGCAGGUCAUUCCAAUACAAAUCUCCAUCCGACUGGAAUAACCUUUCGCUUUUUCUGAGAUCUGUGACCUCUUUACGCUGCUUCAGGACAUCUUUAUUUACUUAUCUUAAAACAAUCUGUUUAUGCUUUUAAUUUGUGCAUACAAGACAAACUACUUCAAUUGCUCUUGUGCAGAUGUAAUUGCUUUAUUAUCCUGGUCAUUGUAUCCAGUUUUUCUUGUACAACAGCUGAGGGCUGGGCGUGUGGGUGGGAGAGGCUGAGCAAGCUGUCUGUUUUUGCCAUAUAUGUUUGUUAUGUAAUGCUGUUUUAUUUAUUUUUUUGUAUGUGCUUUAUUUUUUAUUUGUAUCUAUAUGACCCCCUUGAAAAUUAGAUGCUACAUCCCAAGGGGCUAUCCUUUCAAUAAAUUCAAAAUCAAUAUCA